AUCGGCACGCAUGAACCCUGCGACAGGCAUGUUGUUUCGAACACAGGCGCCAAGGCAAUCUAAACACUGCCGCUCCGAGAUACAAGGCACCUCGCGACUGCUGGCUAUCAAACAGCACCCGGGCGAAUUGCUGCUUGCGGAAGCUCGCUCACCCUGCAAUAUGUUUCCAUGUCGUGUUUUAGACUGAUAGUGAUGAUCAGGGACACAGCAUACUGUCCCGGGCUCUAUAAAGCCUCACCGCACCCUGACUCCCAGCGCACCACCUCAAGUCCCAGAAACUAAGCAACCAUGAAGCUCUCCAUCCUUGUCCCCGCACUCGCCUGCCUCUCCACAACCCAGGCCGCCAUCUCCUGGACGCUCGCCAAAGCAAGCGCCCCCACCGCCGACCAGCUCGACGCCUACACCCGCAUCGAGUCCGCCAUGCGCCUCGCCGCCGCGCGCUACAACCGCCUCGGCAGCGCCACAAAAUCCAUCCGCGUAGCCUACGCGCCCGGUGUCCCCACCGCCGAAGCCAACUUCAACGGCGACCUGCGCUUCGGGUCGAACCGGGCGUACAUGAACGAGCGCACGGCGCUGCACGAGAUCAGCCACACGCUGGGGAUCGGGCAGACGGCGGCGUUUGACCGCAAGUGCGCGGCGGGGGAUUGGCGCACGGCGCUGCCGCUGUUGCGGAGCUGGGAUGGGAGUGCGGCGGUGAUUAACUGUGGUGGCUCGCAUAUUUGGCCGUAUGGGCUUAAUUAUGAUACCGAGUGGAGCGAGUCGAAUGCGAAUCGCCAUGUGCAGUUGUUGAAUGCUAUGAUUGCGGAUGGGCUGCAGGGGUAGGGUGUGGAUGCGUAAGGUGGAGGUUCUUGUUCAUCUUGUUUAUAGGUACUUUGGGACGUAUAUAUUCUUUCACCCAAUGGGUUCAAGUCAGCUUAUACUCGACGCACUGUGAUUUCCCCUUACUUAUGAGCCCUCGGUUUCCUAUAUAGUAGGCUACGCGGA